AUGAUCAGUAGCUCCAUGAAGUUGGAAUAUAGACAGAUUAUUGGUGGGGAAGGACACCAAGUGACCAAAGGAAAAAGUCUCUUUAAGAUUGGAAAGACAUAUAAUGAUUACUUUGAGUAUUUUGGACCAGACUUCAAACUGCAUAUUAGCCCUUCAAACAUGACAAACCAGAACACUCCAGAGUACAUGGAAAAGAUAAAACAGCGUUUAUUUGAAAAUUUGCGAAUGUUACCUCAUGCACCUGGUGUCCAAAUGCAAGCUAUUCCUGAAGAUGCUGUCCAUGAAGAUAGUGGAGAUGAAGAUGGAGAAGACCCAGACAAGAGAAUUUCUAUUCGAGCAUCAGACAAGCGGAUAGCUUGUGAUGAAGAAUUCUCAGAUUCUGAAGAUGAAGGAGAAGGAGGUCGUAGAAAUGUAUCAGAUCAUAAAAAAGGAGCAAAGAAAGCUAGAAUUGAAGAAGACAAGAAAGAAACAGAGGACAAAAAAGCAGAUGUUAAGGAAGAAGAUAAAUCCAAGGAUAGCAGUAGUGAAAAAACAGAUACCAAAGGAGCCAAAUCAGAACAGCUCAGCAACCCUUGAAUUUGAAAGUCAUCAAUUUCAAGAAACCAUUUAAAAAGAAAAAAUACUGGGGAAGAAAAAUGUUUUCUUUUUGAGGACUUCUAGCUUCAUUUUAUACUACUUUGGCAUGGACUGUAUUUAUUUUCAAAAUUGCUUUUUUUGUUUUUGUUUUCCUUGGCAAGUUUUAUUGUGAGUUUUUCUAAUUAUGAAGCAAAAUUUCUUUUCUCCACCAUGCUUUAUGUGAUAGUAUUUAAAAUUGAUGUGAGUUAUUAUGUCAAAAAGCUGA